AUGUUCUCAAUAAUCAAAGAGAAAUCGUAUUCGUGGGCAAUUAAAAAUCGAUAUUCUCGAAGUAACUGUAUGUAUAUACAUAUUCAACUGUCGUUUUUGAAACAAAACAAUACAGUUUUCAACAAAAUUUUCUUUUUCUCUCUGUCUUCGUUUUUUUCCUUGUCUGAUGCAUCGUCUCAAAUGAUGAUCAUUCAAGACGAAGAUAUAUUGAAAGCAGAAUCGACAAUGAUUGGUGAGCAAAAUUCAAUCAUUAAAGAAGAUGAAAUCAAUGAUUUGUCAAUAAGCAAAUCCACUGAUGAAAAACGCCAUGACGAUCUUUUCAAAUCACCAAACAAACGUAAACAGAUCAAACCGAAUCGAGUUACAAGUGAAGACGAAGGUAUUCCCACAGAUCUGACCAAUGGUCAAUCGCCUUCGCCGGAAAACAACAAUUCCGAUCAAUACUCCCCGACGAAAGCCUAUUGUAAUCUAUGCGAACGUUCAUUCUGCAAUAAAUAUUUUCUCAAAACCCAUUUCGCUAAAAAACAUGGUGUUCUCAACGUCGUUUCUCCAUCGUUCUCCGCAAUCGACUCGAAUACCAAUCAAUCAACACCGCCUUCGUCAUCCUCACCAAUCCAAUCAGCUGAACCAUCGUCACAAAAGGUGGGCGAAGAUUAUUGUGAAAUUUGCCAAAAACGUUUUUGUAAUAAAUAUUAUCUUCGUAAACACAAGGGUGAAUGUCAUGGAAUCUAUACCGAUUAUAUCAAAUCAUUACAAAAAAGCGCCAAUGAAAGCCCGGUCAAAAGUCAAGCUAGUCGGCCUACGCAAGUCCCACCAAGUAUCUCUUCUUUAUCAAACCCAUUCUACCUUCCAACGACAGCAACUGAUAUUAAGCCAUUAUUUCCGGGCAAUGCGGCGACUAAUCAUACUGAAAGUCUAUCGUCAUCAUCGUCAUCACCGCCACCUUCCUCAUCUGUGCGUCGUUGUCAUGUGUGUCAACAAGAAUUUCGUAACAAAGCUCUUCUGCGAAUGCACAUGAAUACAUUUCAUCCGAAUGAAACAACGAAGAAAAAUCUAGCGAACAAAUCAUCACCACCAUUGACAGCAACACCAACAUUUCCAAUAUCACCGUCGAGCACUCUAGGUUUCUUACAACCUUAUGUUGAUACGACCAGUCCACUGGCACAUAAACUUGUUGCUGGCCAAGGGCCACCAGCAUCGUAUGGAAUCCUGCACGAUUCUUAUUUCUGUGCAAAAAUGGCCGAUCGCGUUGUUUGUGAAAUAUGUAAUAAACAAGUUUGUAAUAAAUAUUUUCUAAAAACACAUAAAGCAAAAGUUCAUGGGAUCAUCAACGGAACAAAUCAUACUUCAAACGGUAAUGGUGAUAGCAUGCCGCCGACGAUGGUACUGCCUAAUACACUUCAUCAGUCAGCCUUGAACGAUGUAAUGAAAUCACCAGGAGCAGAAAAUCAACAAGAUGAACAUACUGAUCCCGACAACGAUAAUCCGUCUUCUGAGCCAGCUGAUAUCAACGAAUCCAAUAACGAAAACAGCAAUACAUAUUGUUAUAUAUGUAAAAAAGAUUUCUCGACGAAAUAUCUCUAUAUGUUUCAUAUGCAAACAUUGCACAAUGAUACAUCUGAUCCGACAUAUCAAACACUAAUUCAACUCAUGAAAGCAGCUACUGGUAUGCAUGAGAAUUCCAUGCUAAACCCGUUUCUGUCAUUAGCAGCCGGAAAUACUACUGAGCAACAAGAACAAGAAAGUGAAGAUGAGUCCGAUGGAAAUCAUAAUUCAUUGAAACGUAAACGAAGUUUAAGUCAAUCGUCGACCGAUACGAACAAACGAAUUAAUUCUUUGACCGAAGCAAAUGGCGGUCUACAACCAUUUCUCCUCGAAAGUGAAGAUCCUAAAUUUGCACACACAUUUGUACCUUGUAUGGUCUAUUUACCUGUUAUUCGACGAGUCACCAAACAAGUCAAACUCAAUCUACGAUUGAAACCUGUUUUAACCGACAGUUCUUCAUAA